CCGCCCCCCCCCAUAUGCAGAGGCCUUUCUAGAGCGCCAGGGAGCGCGCGGCACCAGAAGCGGAAGCCGCUCGCCAUCGCACACACGCAGAGGACGCCGACAACACUACAGCAAAGGGUUUUUUAAUUAUUAUUAUUAAUUAUUAUUAUUAUUAUCAUUAAUAUUAUUUUUUCCCGUCUGGCUUUUUCCCCCGGGGGGCUUGCGGUGUGUCGAGAAAGCCGACGCGCUCCCAGGAGCUGGGAUUAUUUGCACAACGUCUGUAUAUUGAGUUCUCAAUCCUGUUUAUUUUUAUUUUUUAAGCGCAGAGGGGUUGUUGGGGUUUUUUUUCCCCUCCACACCACUCUUUUCUUGGGUUUUUUCCCCCACCGCCGUCAGCACCACCUCACUCUCCUCCCGUCCCACCAUGGCCCGGAUGAACCGCCCUGCGCCGGUGGAGGUCUGCUACAAAAACAUGAGGUUCCUGAUCACCCACAACCCCACCAAUGCCACGCUCAACACCUUCUUGGAGGACCUGAAGAAGUACGGUGCCACCACGGUGGUGCGAGUGUGUGAAGUGACCUAUGACAAGACCCCCCUGGAGAAGGAUGGCAUCACCGUCAUGGAUUGGCCGUUCGAUGAUGGAGCGCCUCCUCCCAGCAAGAUAGUGGAAGAUUGGCUCAACUUGCUGAAGACCAAGUUCUGCGAAGACCCUGGCUGCUGCGUGGCCGUGCACUGUGUGGCCGGCCUGGGGCGCGCUCCCGUCCUCGUCGCGCUGGCCUUGAUUGAGAGCGGGAUGAAGUACGAAGAUGCCAUCCAGUUCAUCCGACAGAAGCGCAGAGGAGCCAUCAACAGCAAGCAGCUGACGUACUUGGAAAAAUACCGACCAAAGCAGAGACUCCGAUUUAAGGAUCCUCAUAACCACAAGAACAAAUGCUGCAUCAUGUAACCUCAAUGACCUCUUGCCAAAAUCCGUGCACACAGGCACCCGGGCACUCACACACAUCCCACCCCCUCACCUCCUCACCCAGCCCUGUGCACCCCACACACCGCCUCACUGACAGGGCUGGGGCGGGGGGACAUGGAGCACCACCAACGUGUUCCAGCACCCACAGCACAGACAUCUUGCCGGACCCCCAAAAAAGGCUGCUCUCUCCAGCUACAGCCCUGAGGAGGCAAGGCAGCGCUGCCCUUUGACUCUUGGCGUUAGCAGGCAAUGAGCUCACGUGACGGUUCUUCAUCGCCUUCCUCCUCCUCCCUUUCCCCUCCCGUUGCACUGAGAGGGAUGGGCGGAGGGUGCUUGGUUUGGGGUGAUGCAGGCAGGGCUGUGCCAGCUGAGAAGGGAUGGGGAGCAGGAGGGCCAGAGCACCCCCAGAAAAACCCUUUCCCACCUCUUCCCUAUAAAUAAGGGCUGCAGCAGCAGGGACGAAGGUGGGGAUGGCGCAAUGGCCUCGGGGGAAGAUGGUGAUAGCAGGGAGAGGCAGUGGGGGCUCGUAGCUUGGUGCUGGCCUUGUGGCCACAGGAAGGUCUGAGCUAAGUCUCCCCAGCACCAUUCCCUUUCUCCUGGCUGCUCUACCACUUCACCAUCUCCCCGUUGCCUUGAUGCCAGCCGAGACGCUGCAGAUGGGGCUCGUUGGGGGCUUGCUGCAACGAAGGCAGAGGUGCUGGGAAACUCGGGGACAGUGGCGGGCCUUUGAGGCACCCAGCUUUGCCGGGGUGCAGGGUCAGCACUGCGUCCCCCAAAGUGUGGGGUGGUCUUAUUUAUGGCUUCCAAAUUCAAUGCACAGGGUGGUGGGUUCUCUCUUGUCGUGUCCCCAUCACCAAGCCACGGCACAAACCCCAAUUCUGGCUGUGAUGUCCUGGGGACGCAACGCAUAUCUCGGGGCACAUCCGUGUCCUCCACCGCUGCGUUUGCUGUCCGAGGGGCUGGGCUGCAGCUUUCCUGGGGGAUUUCGGGUGCUCCUGGCAGCACGUCACCAAAUUUUGCACCUGCCUUUCCCACACCCGGUGGCAUCUGUAACGCGACGCCUGGCACCCUAAAACCCCCCAGCAUGUGCCCCGGUGGAGUGGACUCAGAGCUGCCCCUGAGCCGGGACAUUAAACAUCUCUCAACUUUCUGCCUUUGAACGCUUGCAGCAGCGGGAGCGGUGGGCAUGUAGGGGGCGUGGGGGUGUUUUUUCUUUUGAUGAGGAUAAGAAGAAAUUUGCUAA